UUGCACGGUGCACGGUCCAGGUUAAGCCGGUGACGAAAAUGAGUACGAAAACGAAGCUUUCGCUAAAAACGAUAACCGCUACGAAGAAGAUCGAAUCCCCACUUGCCAAGUAUAACUCGACGGGACAGUUAUUCUGUGUCCUUUGCAAUGUCCACGUUAAGAACGAAAUGUACUGGACGGGACACAUAAAUGGAAAAGCACAUCGUGAUCAAGUUAUUUCAGUGAAGAAUAAAGGAAAACCAGUACCCACGUCGUCAUCGUCGUCAGUUCUUCAAAAACGGUCCGCCGCUCCAGUGUCGUCUGCUUCUUCAUCGUCAUCAUCGAUCCCAUCAUCGUCCUCGUCUGCAACUAGUGACGACGGGAAUGGAAUUAGCAGCACGACUAGUGGAAAUUUUGGCAAUGGCGAUACAUACUUGGCCCCACUACAUAAGCGAGUUAAGUUUGAAGAUCUUGUAGUGUCCCCAAUGGGUCCUCCUCCCUCAAUCCUAAAGAAAACUAGUUACCAACCCCCAAGAAAGAAGACUUUCAAAGAGAUUGAGGACGAAGAAGCACAAAUGGAUAUUGAUAGCAGUAGUGGUAGCAGCAGCAGUAGAUUCAAUUUAACAAACUUAUCGUCACCUACUAUAGCUGAUGAUGAUGAUGACGAUAACGAGGAAGGUGAAACUGAAGGAUCAUCAUCCGGAGGCACGCCAACAGACGCCCUACCUGCUGGAUUUUUCGAUGACGCGAAACAAGACGCCAAAGCGAGAGGGUUAGAAUAUAAGAAUCCAGACGAAGCAGAAUGGGAUAAAUUUGUUAAAGAGAUUGCAACCGAAGACGUGAAGUCCAGCGCGUUGAGAACCGCUGAUGAAGAAGAUUCCGCAAAAGACAGAGAAUUAGAUGAAAUUGAAGAGCAAAUGAAAAAUUGGCAAAGAGUUGUGGAAUUAGAAAGGAAAGCAAAAGACGCUCGGAUGAAGUUGCAGCAGGAUAAAGAAUCCAAGAGUGAAAAGAUGAACACAUCAGACGAUGAAGACCUUGACGAAGACUAUGACGAUGAUUUAGACUGGAGAACGAAAAAGAAAAACUAGAAUUUAAAUUAAAAUAUUUUGAAUUAUUCUCGUUCAAUUCAUGAUGAUGGUAUUCUGAGAAUACUGUAUUCUCGUGUCUCUGACUGAAGUGAUUAUUAUUUAUUUUUACAAAUAUAUUCCUCAGAGUUCAGUUUCACUCA